AUGACCUUUGGCCUUGUGGCCAUGAGAAGUCUGAAGCGGCGAUCAGCCGCCGAGGAAAUGGCCCCGUGUCAAGGAGACAGAGGAAUCUACUGUAAAGGAACUUUUGACACAUUUGUGUGUUGGCCCGAUUCACCUCCUGGAAACGUGUCCGUCCCUUGUCCUCCUUACCUACCCUGGAUCAGUAAGGCUGCCGAAAACUCAAGAAAGGCGCACCGAGAAUGCUUGGAAAACGGAAAGUGGCGGCAGAAGGUAAACUCCUCAGAGCCGUGGAGGGAUGAUUCCGAAUGUCAGGAGCACCAUUAUUUCAAAGACAAGGAAGAGCAAAUGCAUCGACAGACAGCCCUCCGGGUCAUCUCUAUUAUCGGCUAUUCGCUCUCCCUUGCUUCCCUCAUGUUAGCGACGCUCCUUAUGGGCAUGCUGAGGAAGCUCCAUUGUACCAGGAACUACAUUCACAUGAAUUUAUUCGUCUCAUUCAUCCUGAGAGCUGUUGCAGUCAUUUCUAAGGAAAUUGUAUUAUACAUCAUGUAUUCCAACCUACCCAAGGAUGACCCUGGUUGGAACUCAUAUUCAAGUUCUCCGAUUGUUCUGAUGUGCAGAUUUUCAAAAGUAGCCAUGGAGUAUUUUGUGACCUGUAAUUAUUUCUGGCUUUUGGUGGAAGCUAUAUUUCUUCACGCACUCCUCUUCUCUGCUGUAUUGACCAAGCGACACCUACUGAAGAAUUACAUGCUGUUAGGAUGGGGAAUGCCUGUCUUUUUUGUGACACCAUGGACCAUUGUUAAAAUUUUAUAUGAAAACACAGAGUGCUGGUCAAUUGUCAACAGAUGGUUCUGGUGGAUAAUAAAGGGUCCAAUAACGUUGGCGCUGAUGAUCAUUUUUUUCAUAUUCAUCAAGAUUCUACUGCUGCUGCUGUCCAAGCUCAAAGCGGAUCAAGUGAAAUUCACUGACUACAGAUACAGUUUAGCCAAGGCAACACUGGUGCUGAUUCCCCUGCUGGGGAUCCAUGAAGUGGUCUUCACAUUGCUCGUCGAUGAAUGUAUGGAGGAAAGCAGUCGCUACGCUCGGGACUUUAUUAAUCUCACAAUCAGCUCUUUUCAGGGGUUCUUGGUUGGAGUCUUGUAUUGCUUCGCUAAUGGAGAGGUUAAAGCUGAACUGAAGAAGCGCUGGCAAAUUUUUCUGUUCAACCACAACUUUCAAUUCAGGAGCUGUUUCCAGGGUGCACCGCUCAAGCAACUGUGGAAGUGCACAAGAAAGCACCAUCCACAUUGCCAGAAAAGAAACUCCUGUGAUGAGGGACCCACUUCUACAUUGACUGUACACCCACACCUGCUGCAGGUGACUCACCAUGGAGGCGGUAGAGUCAAUGGACAAAGGGUGUAUAACGGUCAGGACCUAAAAGGAUGUGACGCAGCAAGUCUGGACUUUCUGACCAGGAAGAGUCUGUCUAGUAGCGAUGGAGAAAUGACGCUUGGAGAGACCAUGGAGGAGAUUUUGGAGGAGAGCGAGUUUUGAAUCCACUUCUUCCUCUCCUUUCAGCUUUUAGAACUCUCAUGCAUUCUGACGAUUAGUCGGACAACUGCUUUCAAUGAAUUGGUGUUCACUUGGAGAAGCCAGAACCAGGGUUCAUAGCUCUCACACAUGGAGCGUGUCACACGCAUUCCAGGCCACUCUCACAGCUUAUAUUUCUCCCCCUACAACAAAAGAAUUAUUGGUUAACUUGCAUAGCGAAAGUCCACUAGCAUAAAUGCUAUAAAAUGCUAACAUUUUUUUUUUUACAACGAUCUUAACAAAUCCUUCAAACACUAUUCCCGCAAAAAAAAAAAACCAGCUGGAUUUAACGAUGUUAAAUGUGUUAUGUCAUAUUCACCCAAAUGCAAACACUUUCAAAACAAACCAUUACCAUGCCACUCUAAUGAAACGAAUACUUGAGGCAGCAAAAUUGGAUUUGAAGCUUUUUUCUAAUUUAAUUACUCGAGUUAUAAAGUAGGGGGGGAAAAUGAUAAAUUUACGCAUCAAUCAUUUACAACUAGCUGUUUUUUUGAUACCCUUGUGCAUCACACAAAGAUGUCAUUAAUUAAAUCAGUAUUAUUACAGUUUACUGUACAGCACUCCUUAAACACAGCACCUAAUAAUAUCUAUAUGCCAAUACAAAUGGGUUGGGAAUAUUCUUUAAAUAUAUUUUUUGUUCUAAAUGUAAAUAUUGCAGUACUAA